AUGCCAUAUCUGACACAUGUUUGUAUAGCGCGAAUAGAACCUCCGAACCCGUUUGGUCAUCGAAUCACUCCGUUAGCUUAUCACAUUCUGGAUGAGUCUUCUUCUUCCAAUUUCUUGAAUUUGCAUGAUUUCUGUGAUUUGAUUGAAAGAGGCGCCGAAUCCUUGGAUUACGUGCUGGUUGAUAGGAUACAGGUCAAUCCAGGGUAUGUUCAACUUUGAUUUAUGAGCUGUUUAUAUUUUCUUUGAUCAGUAUAAAACGUUUUGUAAAUACUACUCUAUAUAAUAAAAGUUGUAUGUUUAUAACUUGGGUUAUCGCGGAGAUAUGAGUGGUUUAGUUUGAACUUUGAAAAAUUUCGAAUUUUUUCGAAAUUUCAAGUUUACUUGGCUUUGAAAAGCUAUAACUUUAUUACUAUAGAACAUAUCUUGCUAAAAACUUUUUCAUAUAUACUACUGUCUAUGCUUUAAAAUGUCUAUUUUAACUUUUUGUUAUAACGUUGUUAAAAUAUUGGAAUAUAAGCUUUAUAACAGAUCUAACCCUAAAAUCUAAAAUUCCAGGACGACAUUACAUUUUGCGUUACAACCGAACCGACUAGUUGCGAUAUGUUUGUUUUGUGUUGGAGACGACAAAUGUAAAACGAAUCAGAUUCAGGCGUUCUUCAAUUUUAUGAGAGUGUUGUACGAAGAUGACAACGAGGUAGAACAACUAAUAGCACAGACACGUGAAGGUGGAUUACAACAGUUGCUGGGAGAGAAGCUACAGAAUGAAAUGGUACGGUGUUUAUAGUGCUAUGUAUAUUUAGGGUUUUACUGUUUGAGGUUAACAUUACCAAAAUAGUUGUUGAUAAGAUACCAAAAGGGUUUGGCAUAGCUUUUACGACAUUUUAUAUUGAUCUAACGUCUUAAAUUUAGAACUUUCUAACUUUCAUUAAAAAAAUAUUUCAAAGUUAGUAAUUUAAAGCAAAUGUCAAUUUAAAUCAAACUUUUCAAAGUGCCGUAUCUUGAAAUCUAUUCAUGUCGUAGCUGCCAAGAUAUUUAGCUCUCUAGGGUAAUAUUCCAAACUUAUUUUGAUGUUUAAUGUCGCUUUUCUGAAGAGUCGAGUACCCGGAAGAUAUUCUCCAGUCCUUAAAAGAGGAGUCGUGCGCAAUAUUUACAAUAACAAGGAUAUAUUUGUAUAUCGGGGAGAGCAGGGAUAAUAUAUGUGAAGGAGGUUAAUCUCUUUUUUGUGGGCUUACAGUUAUUCAGGUGAUUUGUGUGGUCUAGAAUUAUUUUCUGUAAGGCUUUAAACUUGAUAAUUAACUUCGAUCUACUAUUGGGUAUAAGGCGUUUGAUAAUAAGUUACUUCUUUACGGUAAUUUGUUAUUACUGUAAUAUUACUCAUACUAGCCAUAUAUUACAACUAUUAACCUAUAAAGUUAAUCUUGUGCGCCCCAAAACCGGCUCCCCCUAGCUAUUUUGACAAAUAUUAGUAUGAUAACAUUAAAUUGGGCUUUUUUGGUGAGUAAAACGAGUCAAACCGAUCCGAAUAUACGUCGGUAUUGUUAUAGUAGAGAGGGGCUAAAGUUCGAAUCGUUUUGAGGGCUCUUAACAACGUGAACAGCUCUUGACUCAUAAUUUUCGAAAUCAAACUGAUGGUGAUAUGUGAUUGCAUAUAGUGUACACAGGAUAUGCAUUUUAACAGGGCAUAGCAAUAAUUGGAGGUGAAUUAGUAAUGUUUUUGCUAUUUGGUGGGAUGAACGGGUGGAGGGUAUAAAUUGAGGUUUGUUGGUUGACGGAAGUGAGUUCAGAGGAAGUAAACGUUGUAGAUGGAGAGGUUAUGUUAUUGAAGUGGUUGAUACAGUGAAACAUAUUUAGUAUGCUUCUCUGUACUAUGACCCUGGAUAGUAUGAUUCAUGACAUUUUCUUUAUAACCCUUUUUGAGCGUUCUUUGUAUUACAACUCUUAUGAAAAGUGACCUGGGUAUGACACCCUCGUUAUAGUGGCACUUUGGUUUAGUCUCUUGAGUGUCAUACUAGAGGGUUGACUGUAUUUUUUAUAAUGAGAUAAUAGAAAGCCUUUGAAAGUGAUUUUUUUUCUUUUUCUAGAGAAGAUGUAGCAUUUUAAAUGUGUUUUGUGUGCUGACUAGGCCUGUAAAGGGACUGGGUCGGCCGAGUGGGUUUUCUUUCAAGUAUAGGGCAGCUGACAGUAUUUUCUUCUAAUUUUUGUAAUCUGGACUGUACUAUAUAUUAUGGGCCCUGACUCCUUUAUUUUUUUCUCUUAAUUUCAAAAUAAAAUGAAUUUUUUUGUCUGUAAUAUAAUUUAUUAUUUAAUUCAUAACGUAAAGAAACUAAUUGGGUCGACAGUCUUGAUCUUUAUUGUUGUAUAUUAAGCGCUUCUGAUCUUCUAUUCGUGUUCAUUUUAAGUUUUGUUAAGAACUUGACUUGUUUUAUAGUUAUCAAGUUGCUAACAAUUGUAAAAAAGAGUUAAAUUGAUAUGCUGUGUGAGACGAAAUUGAAGGGACAUAGUAUCUGGAUUGUGCCUACGAAUGAGGUAAUUUUAUUUUGAAAAAAUUGCUUGGGUUUGUUAAAAUUACGGUAAUGAUAAAUUUUGCCUAUAAGCUGCAAAGCCUUGAUCUUAUAGUUUCAAACUUAUAUUUUUUUCAAUUAAAAAAUGGCGGUUUUAAUGAAAAAAAUCUAUAUAACUUAAUAUGAACCAAUACCUUUAGAAAACCUACGUAAAAUAUACUGCUUUUUACAAAUUGUAUAAGUAUUCUUAAGAAAAGUAGUAUAAAUGGUAGUGAGAACAAUAUAGAGACGUCUGAAUAGGUAACACAAGAGUAACCGCCAAGUACAAUAACUAUAGAGUUCUCUUCUGUUUGCAUGAUAAAAUCACAAGGGCUGCGGUAUUUGUUUAGUAUUAUCACAAACAAACUUUUCGAAAUCGUUUAAAGUUUGAUAAAUUGUUUUAUGUAUAACAUCAUUUUGUCAAGGGUAACAACUUUUGUUAGUGGUCAUAAUUUUUAAUUUAGAAGGGUAAUAUUUUGAUCAAAAAGUACGUAGAAGCUGUUUCGUAUGACUUUUGUUUACUUUUGGAAUUUCUUUUAAAACAAAGUUUUUUGUCUUAUUUUAGGUAAUAAAGUUUUCAAUUUUAUUGCUAUUACCAAUGUAAAAUAUAGUUAAGAUGACAUACGCUGUACAAUAUAGUUAAGAAUCGAUUUUUGUAUGGAAUUCGAUAGAAAAAUGUUUGUGAAAUGAGAAAACAAUGAAUCAAGGAACGAUAUUAUACACAGGGAAUUUGAAUACAAAACGAAAUCGAUUUAAAUUCUUUGUUUCAGGCCGAUUUCAACAAGAGAAUGGAGUCGAAGAACGAGAAGAUCAACGACAUUCAGCAACAGAUAUUGGAGGUGAAGACGGUGAUGAGCGACAAUGUCGCGAGAGUUUUGGAGCGCGGAGAUCGCUUGGACAAUCUGGACACAAGGGCCGAGGCGCUGCAGCAAUCGGUAAGGUUAAUGUUGAGUGGGGCUAUGAAUAAUAGAUUUUUGGGUUUUGCGGUACCUAAAAAUAUGUUUUAUUACCAGUACCGUAGUUUACGGAGCAUGUCCGCAAUAUCAGAAUGUGUUGAUGGUGAAGUUUUUUAAAUUUUAGAGUGAAAACUUCAAAACGACGGCGCAUAGAGUUCAGCGGAGUAUGUGUAUGAAGAAUCUGAAGUGGACGAUAAUUUUGAGUAUUGUAUCCGUUUUACUGGUGAUACUGGUCGUGUAUUUGAUACUGCGUUCAGCCGGUGUACUGUAA